GAGGUUUUGGCUAAAUAAAAUUGCAUACUGUCUUAUUUACGAAACGACAUCGUACAAUUCGCGCCUCUUUGAGAGAGAAAGAGAGAGAUGAGUAGUUUGCUUCUGAAGACGUUAACGAAGAAGGAAGAGAUCGAUCGGAUCAUCAGAGACACCAUUGAUGAAGUUCUUGUCCUACGAUUCGGUCGUUGCACCGACACCGUUUGUCUUCAGCAUGAUGAUAUUCUUGCGAAAUCAGUGACAGAUGUUUCGAAAUUCGCUAAAGUAGCUUUGGUUGAUGUUGAUUCAGAGGAUGUUCAAGUGUACGUCAAGUACUUUGACAUCACUUGGUUCCCUUCGACGGUCUUCUUCUUCAAUGCUCAUCACAUGAAAUUGGAUUCUGGAACUGCGGAUCAUACCAAAUGGGUUGGUGCGUUUCACAUAAAACAAGACUUUAUUGAUGUUGUUGAGGUAAUAUACAGAGGAGCAAUGAAGGGGAAGAUGAUUGUUCAAUGUCCUGUACCGCCAGAGAGAAUACCAAAGUAUAACCUCUUGUACAAGGAUGUGUAAAAGAAGAAACUACAUUACAAUGCAAAAUCUGUUUCUUUCUUCUCAUCCUUUUUAUGCUGGCAGUAAUAUUUACAUUGAGAUUUACAUAUAUGUUUUUUUUUUUUGUACACAAUUGAAGAAUGAGAAUAAAAUAUGCGGGUUUUCGAUUGAAAACA